ACUUCAGCUACAGAUUAUUGCUGCUAGAGACCAUUGUUUUGUUCAGAGUAUUACACAAGGUGUGGGGGUAAAAAAUGUGACCCUGAGAGGUCGGUCUGGUAAAGUUAGGGAGGUUUGCUAUGACACUACAAGCAUGACAGCAAACCGUUCGUGCAAGUUGUUUGAGUCAGUCGGUUUUCCAUGUCGCCAUAUUAUCCAAGUGUUGAGGAUUGAAAACCAAAAUGAGCUUCCCAGCCACUACAUUAUGAAAAGAUGGCAGAAGAGGUGCAAAAGGGAGAAUGUUUAUGAUGAACAGGGAAACCUACUAGAAGAAAAACCCACGGAUGCACUGGAUGCGGCCACGAGAAAGAAGAUUUCAACUAUACGCAAUAAGAUGGAAGAACUUAUUCAAAAGGCGAAGCAUUCAGAUGAAGGCAUGGACUUCUUAACAUCAAGUGUUUUGAACAUUGAGGCGCCUUUGGACCAAAUGGUCCCUGCAGCUACCCAAAGCACUAGGCAAGAGGAAUAUGAGGCUUUUAUUGGUUGCAAUAUUCCAACCGAAGUUCAUAUACAUCCGCCAACGGAUGUUCGUACCGUGGGAAGAUGCAAAAGAAUAAAGCAAGGAAAGGAGAUUAAGGAGGGGGAUCGGAAAAAUAAGGACAAAGAAGGGAAGGUAAAGGUCGCACGCUUGUGCAAGACGUGCAAGCAAAUGGUGUUUCAUGAUAGUCGUAAUUGUCCAAGCAAAAAAGGGAAAGGGAGUGUGAUUGUGCAAGAUAUGCAGCCAAAUAGUGCUUCCUGAUACAACAAGUUGUCCAAGCAAAGAAUAAAUUUAUCUAUGUUAUCAUGUACACUUUGGUGUACUGAAUUCAUGUAAUGGAUCAGAAUUUGUGUUAUGUCAAAAAAAAAUCUUGAUUUAUGACAAGUUUAAUGCUUGUCAAAUGGCUACAGAAUCUAGAAA